AUGUACACCAUCGCGUUUCUCAGCGGAGACAUCAUUACUAGCAGCGCAGUUAACUCCCCUAAUCCUUCUGUCCAGCCAUUCUGGACCGACGUCCAGAAUACCAUCUUCGUGCUCAACCCGGCCUUGAAGAAUCAUUCAUUCAGUGGCUCUGCCGUUCCCCCACCCAUGGUCAAGGAUAGCCGUAUUAGCAGCGGUAUCAAUCUUGACAGUGGCCUAUGGGGUCCUGCGGUCGAUACUGGGCUUGAGGCAAGGAAGAAACCCCAACCUUACCUAAAAUGCGGAGCAUUUACACAUCACAAGUACAAUGAUACUUCAUGGGGCACUUUAUGGAUGCCCUCGUUGCUCAGGAAGGAUGAAGGUCUUAUCGGGGGGUCAAGUCCAAAGUUCUCGGAGAUCAUCUUACUAGACCGGAUGUAG